CUUAUUUUGAUCACGUGGCGUGUCACCUGACCGGAACGAGCAAAAGAGGAAAUGUUGACAGAAAAGUAACACUUUAAUGCCUUCAUAACGUAAAUAAUAAUGCGUUGUUUCAGUUACCGAGUAGCUCAUUUAAUAAGGUUGUGUUUUGUCUGCGUGUAUCUGUUCAUUAACUAUGGAUCCGCCGGUAAAAUGAAGAUAGUCGAAGAGCCAAACACAUUUGGGCUGAACAACCCUUUUGUGGCUCAGGGCAGCAGACUGCAACCUAAAGUGACCCCAGCUCCAGUAUCUGGCCCAGUGCACCUUCAUCAGCUUGCCGGAAAGUGCUUCAGUCUCACGGAGUCGACGUAUAAAUAUGAAUUCUGUCCAUUUCACAACGUCACUCAGCAUGAGCAAACAUUCAGGUGGAAUGCCUACAGUGGGAUCUUGGGGAUCUGGCAAGAGUGGGAAAUGGCAAACAACACUUUCACCGGCAUGUGGAUGAGAGACGGCGACACUUGUGGAAACAGAAACAGAGAAACAAAGGUGAUUCUGGUCUGCAGCACAAGAAGCAAGCUCGCUCAAGUCUCAGAGCCCAGUACCUGUGUGUACUCGCUAACCUUUGAGACCCCACUUGUUUGCCAUCCACAUUCUCUUUUAGUGUAUCCAACUCUGAAAGAGGAGCUACAGAAGGAAUGGGAUGAAGCGGAGCAGGCUCGCUACGAAGGACUUAUAACUGAGCAGGGAUACAACAAUCUCUUAAAGGAUAUUUUUGAGGACGCCGGACUGCUGAAGAGUCGGAAAGUAAAAGUCAAGGUUCAAGAGGCAGCAGCUGAUUCAGAAAGGCAAAACUCUUUAGAGAAAUGUAAAGCGGACUACCAAAAACUGAGAGAAGAGACCGAGAGACUGCGAGCUCUUCUUACUCAACAUAACAUUCCUUUUAAUUCUGAGAGAAAUGACGCAAAAGGUACAGUGAGCGUGACGGUUAAGGAUCAACACUUAAGAGGAGACAACGGACUCAUUGAUGUUCAGUAAAGAUUACCUGGACCAGAAACGAGGCAAAGCACCUGAGCGGAGUUUGUUGAUCAGCAUCAGAGAGACACAUAAAGUAACUGGACAACACUGGUAGUGCUCAGGCUGUUGGUACUGCAGAAUAAAAUUUUGCAAGUGUAGCUGAGAGUGGGUAAUUUUUUUAUUUAUUUUUUUUGUCGAGGAUUCAUCACUGAGCUUGAACUACAAGACUAUGAAAAGACACCAUCGUGCAUGAGAAAUAAAAUGAGCUUUGAAAAUGUUUA